UUGCGAGCUGUGGCCAUGGCGGCGGGCUCGUCGUGGUGGGCGGGGCGGAUGGCGGCGGCGUUCGGGGCGCCGUUCCUCUGGAUCGUCUGCCUCAUCUACUUCAUCCAGGGUUUCAGAUCUUUCGUCUGGACAGCUGUCUCAUAUCAAAUGAAGGACAUGAUGAAGCUGUCACCCUCGGCAUCACAGUUUUUGAUGUCUGUUGCAUUCUUCCCUUGGAGCAUAAAGCCGAUAUAUGGGAUUGUGUCAGACUGUAUUCCGAUUAAGCAGAGAAAGCGUGUACCAUAUUUGAUAAUUUCUAGUGGCCUUUCUCUAUUUCCAUGGCUUGUCAUUGGGAUGUCGGAGCAUUUCAGGAGCUCAAGCAAUUUCUUUACACUAAUGUUGGUUGUACAGAACUUGGGAUCUGCCAUGGCAGAUGUUGUUAUAGAUGCAAUGAUUGCAGAGGCAGUUCGAUCAGCAGGGUCAGAAUUCGCUGGUGAUCUCCAGUCGUUAUCUUGGUCAUCAAUGGCUGUAGGGGGGAUAUUUGGGAGCUUAUUGGGAGGAUAUGCAUUGUCUAAUCUCCCUCUAUAUACCAUAUAUAUUAUUUUCUCUGCUCUCCCAUUGUUCCAACUAGUUUCAUGUAUUUUCGUCGAGGAAUCUCCUAAAGGAUUUGAGAACACGGUAGAUAACGCUGCACAUGAUAAUGCUAAUGAUCAGAAUAUUGAUAGUGCUUUUGUCGGAGAAGGCUCAAGUGAACCACUUAAAUAUGUGGGCACUAGGAGGCGAAAGGGUGCUCAUAAAAAGAGGAAAAGGAGAUCAUUGUCUAAACGAUCUGAAGCUCUUGAGAAGCAUGAUAAAUCAAUUAAUGCAAGGCCCUACCUGUCUCUGAAAUCAGCCUUCUUCAGUUUAUGCACAGCUUUUAAGCAGCCAGCCAUUUUGCGACCUAUGGCAUGGUUUUUCAUUUCGAAUGCAGCAAUUCCAAAUAUCUCAUCAGUCAUGUUCUAUUAUCAAACGGAGGUUCUACAUUUGGAGGCAUCCUUUCUAGGGACUGCACGGGUGAUCGGGUGGUUCAGUCUAAUGCUUGGCACAUAUAUCUACAACCGCUACUUAAAGCAUAAGAAGCUCAGGAAUAUUCUUAUGUUUGCACAUGUUGGCCUUGCCAUAAUUACUGUACUAGACAUUUUACUGGUGUCAGGAUUACAUAUCCAGUAUGGAAUUGCAGACAAAUACAUGGUGCUGUGGGGUUCUGCUUUGGCCGAUGCAAUCAACCAAUUCAAGAUGAUGCCUUUCCUAAUCCUCUCAGGGCAGCUUUGCCCACCUGGAAUCGAGGGCACACUGUUCGCACUAUUCAUGUCCAUUAACAACCUCAGUUCGACAUUAGGUUCAUUCCUGGGUGCCGCAUUGACGUCAGCUUUGAACAUCUCGUCGGUACAGUUUGAUAAUUUGGCGCUCGGCUUGGCUGUUCAGCUGAUUGGCACUUUGUUACCGAUCGGAUUUUUGUUUCUGAUCCCAAGGGAAGUUACAGGGCUAACAUCAUAGGAACAGGGAGACAGACAUGAUCAUUCUUUUUUCUGGAAUGAUCUGUACUCCUAGUCGUACUCACACAUGCAUAUAUAGAGAGCAAAUUGAAGGUAGCAGGAAGAUAGUUCAGUUUUGUUGAAAGAUGUAUACAGCCAUAUACUAAAAUGAGAGGAAGAGUCCAAUAGAUAGGCAUUACAAAGCGUUGAGCAAUGACAAAGUAUUGCAACCUGUGUAAGAAGUGUACUUGCAAGAACAUGUGCAACAGGGAAUUGUUUUUGGUUAUGAUUAAGCUUUUGAUAUACUCAAUAUACAGGAUAUCUGUAAUUCUGUAUCAA